AUGGGGGCGAGCAGAAGCACCUCUGCUCUCCUGGCUUUCCACAGUGCAGGCAUAGAUACUGCUGCUAAGGAGGCGCCUCCCUGGGAGAGCCCAGGCCUGGCAGAGGAGCCAUGGGAAAUCUUGGUUCUCCUGCCACCCUGUGGCCAGGCCCCACAGCUACAUUGUAGAGGAGGGGCUAAGAAUGUUGAUUGUUCCCAUGGAAACUGCAGCCUUGACUCCCAACUGGUGACUGGAGGGGCGAUGGCUAAGGAUCUGGAACCUGACUUUUACCUGAAGUGGAAGCACUGUGAGACACAUGGUGUUAAGACUCUGUGCAACCUGAGGGAGCUCCUCACCCGACUCCAGGAGGAUCACAAGGAUGAUGUCUAUGUCUACACCUCUGGACACCUGAACCCCAACAAACUUUAUAAGCCACCCCAGACUAUUGCCCAGCACUGGCGCAAUGCAAACCGGCCAAGGGAGCAAACCAGGGUCUUCCCACCCUCUGUGUCCAGAGACAAACAGUUAGCAAAGAUGAAAGACGCAUGGACUUACUUCACCAUCAACACAGCCCUGCAUCCCAAUGACAGCCAAAACUCGCAGCUGUUCCGGUAUUUGAACCCACAUGUGAUCACUUCCCAUGCUUCCAAAGAGGGUGUCGCCUUGAAGUUUUCAGAGGACGAGGAGGAGGACGAAGUAAGGGAAAGACACGUGUUCUCUCGGGAAAGACACAGGAAGGAGGAGCUCAGGCUGCCUGAGAUGAAAGUGCUCAAAUACCCAGAGGUGACAUCCAGUCGCCAGUGCUACAAGUCUCCCCCAGGCAGGGAUGUGUACCGCUAUGUCAGCUCCUAUCUAGCUGGUAUAACAAAAGCUGACAGAUACAACAAGUUCCGUAGCUUCCAGAAAGAAGUGUUGGCAAAGGAAGAUCUCCUGAAGAAUGAUUUCACAGGGAGCAAAGUGGCUGUGAACCACGAGAACAAACUGAAGGAGGAGCUUGAGAAGAUAUGCACUUGCAAUCCUCAGCAAUUCAACCGGUUGCAGGUCUUUGGGGAAAUCUUUGAGGAUAUUUGCAACAGCUCUUUGAUCUUCGGGGACCUCCUUAAAGAGGUUAAGGAUGAAUACGAACUUUACAUGGCGGCUCUUCUGGACUCACAGCCCACAGCACAGUAUAAGCGGCUCCUGGCAGAAGUUAAGGGAUUGGAGAAGAGCCCUGUGCACAGCACAGACAUUGAACAAGCCAAGGAGCAGCUGAGGAAGCUCGAGCAGGCUGCCCUGGCAGCCCUGGAGCACAAUGACAAACUGAGAAGUGAACUGGAGGUGGAGAGCCUGUUACUGCAGUCUGCUAAGGAGAAAUGGGAAUCUUUUGACAGAAACAAAAAUGAUGAAAACCAACUCACUCUGAUUGAGAAGGUUGAGAAGAGGAGAUGCGAAAUCUUUGAAAAAUGGGAUGAGAUUAAAGCACUUGAAAAACACAUUAAAGAAACGAUGGUGCAUUGGAGAGUGUCGGAUAUCACCGAGAAUGGGAUUAAAAGUGUAGAGAAUGAAGCUUUAAAAUUGGAAACAACCAACAGAAUCUUAAAGAAGAAAAUAAAAGUUAUUGAAAACCAAGUCAAGCAGCUCAUAAAAAACAGUAAGAUCGGCGAAGAGGAGAGGCAGAUUCUGUGGGAUCUCAUUAAAGAAUAUGCAGAUUUAGAAGAUGCAGAAGAUGACUCUCAGAUGUUUGGGAAGUGA